GGCGACGAAUCCCGUAAUUCCAAAACAAAAAUGCAAUUCUAAACGAACAAAUCUAAUUUUUCAUUAUCCCGACAGCAAAUCCAAAUAACCUAAAUUAUAAUUUACACCCUACUAAAAUCUAAGAAACGCAGAACUUUUAAUGUUUUUGCAGACAUUUUGAUCUAAACAGACUUUUUUCUAUACGGUCAUAUGCUUCGAAGAUUCUUUUAAUUCUGCCGUUCAGAUCUGCAAUUUUAAAAAAUUGUCUUCUCUUUUGACAAAAAAUUCUUCCAUCCCCGUUGAAACCCAUGAAUUUGCAGGUUUCCUUUGCCCUCAAGCAAAAUUUGAUUCAAUUGCAUUAAAAUCACAGGCAUUUAACGGUUAACGCACAGGUACCUCAAAUUACUUCUCAAUUUAUUCACCUUCGUUUGCUGUUUUUUAGUUGGAGAGAAGAUGUAAAUACAUAUGGAUGGCGGCGUCAAUCAGGGUUUUUACAUUUGUUCUUCCCUUAGGGUUUGAGCACUAGGGUUUGUUGUCUGUAAAUAAUUUAAUCGAAGGGAAGCGCGAUGAUUCGGAGGGUUCGGAGAAAGGCUGUGCAUGUGAAGGAGAAGAAAAAGGAAAAGGCUGUACAUAUCAAUUGCGUAGAUAAUAAUGGUAACGAUAAUAAUGAGGUAUUUGAUGAGGAGGAAGUUGUCUACGUUGAUAGAAAACACGAUGAGGUUGACUGGACACGUCUCCCGGAUGACACUGUAGUUGCGGUUUUUAAUCUCUUGAAUUACAGGGACAGGGCAAGCCUUGCUUCUGUGUGUAAGACAUUUAGAGCAGUAGGGCAUUAUCCAUGCCUAUGGAAUUCACUAGAUGUGAGGGCUCACAAAUUGGAUGACCAAGCCGCUGCUUCCCUGGCUGGUCGUUGUGGAGAAUUGCAGCGGCUUAGGUUCAGAGGCGCCGAUACGGCCAGCGUGAUUGUGAACCUUGAGGCUAGGAAGCUUAGGGAUUUGAGCGGGGAUGUAUGCAGAGAACUUACCGAUGCUACGCUUUCUAUGGUGGCUGCCCGGCAUGGGGGUCUGGAGAGCCUUCAGCUGGGACCAGAUUACUGUGAUAGGAUUACAAGUGAUGCGAUCAGGGUUGUGGCAUUGUGUUGCCCCAGGCUAAAGAGGCUGAGGCUGUCUGGGGUUAGGGAUGUUGACGGCGAAGCCAUCGGUGCACUUGUGAAGUAUUGCUUAGAGCUUGGGGAGCUUGGGCUUUUGGAUUGCAUGAGUAUUGAUGAAGGGGCACUAGGGAAUGCAGUGUCAUUAAGGUUUCUGUCUGUUGCUGGAUCGAGAAAUAUUAAGUGGAGCGCUGUGUUGCAGCUCUGGAGUAAGUUGCCGAAAUUGGUUGCAUUGGAUGUUUCUCGGACAGAUGUGACACCUAGUGCAGCAUUUCGGUUGCUUUCAUCGCAGAGUUUGAGGGUUCUGUGUGCGUUGCAUUGCCCUUUGCUGGAGGAGAACCGCAAUUAUGUUUCUUACAAUUCAAAGGCAAAGCUGCUGUUAGCCCGGUUCACUGACGUUCUUACAGGGCUUGAUUCAAUGAGUCAUUUGAAUUUGUUUUCAAGGGGAUUCAAAAAGCAAGCAUUGUCUGCUGUAACCCCUGAGAAGGAAGAAAUAAUUAAGUUUUGGAACAGGCAGAACCUAAAAAGUGGGGAUAAGAGUCUUAUAGAGUUGACUGAAUGGCUUGAAUGGGUGCUUUCUCAUGCACUGCUGCGGAUUGCAGAGAGUAAUCCCCCUGGGUUAGAUGGUUUCUGGCUUAAACAGGGAACCCCAAUAUUAUUGAGUUUAUUGAGAAGCUCGCAGGAAGAGGUCCAGGAAAGGGCAGCAACUGGCCUUGCGACAUUUGUUGUUGUUGAUGAUGAAAAUGCAACUGUUGACCCAUCAAGGGCAGAAGCAGUGAUGCGUGGUGGUGGUAUUCAGUUCCUCUUGGGAAUUGCAAGGUCUUGUUGUGAGGGUGUCCAAUCAGAAGCUGCUAAGGCUAUAGCAAACCUGUCUGUCAAUGCCGAUGUAGCAAAAGCAGUGGCAAUAGAAGGAGGAAUUGGCAUUUUGGCAUCCCUUGCAAGGUCUCCAAACAGAUUGGUUGCUGAAGAGGCUGCAGGUGGUUUAUGGAAUCUAUCUGUCGGUGAAGAGCACAAGAGUGCUAUUGCAGUAGCAGGUGGUGUGAAGGCCCUUGUGGAUCUUAUAUUUAAGUGGGCAUCUGGUGGGGAUGGGGUUUUGGAACGUGCUGCGGGUGCACUUGCUAACUUGGCUGCCGAUGACAAGUGCAGCAUGGAAGUUGCACUGGCUGGUGGGGUUCAUGCUUUGGUCAUGCUUGCGUGCUCCUGCAAAGUUGAGGGUGUCCAAGAGCAGGCUGCACGUGCUUUAGCUAAUUUGGCUGCUCAUGGGGACAGCAAUGGUAACAAUGCUGCUGUAGGCCAAGAAGCAGGUGCACUUGAAGCAUUGGUGCAACUGACAUUCUCUCACCAUGAAGGUGUCAGGCAGGAGGCAGCUGGAGCAUUGUGGAACUUGUCAUUUGAUGAUAGAAACCGUGAAGCAAUUGCUGCUGCUCGUGGCGUGGAAGCUUUGGUUGCUCUUGCACAAAAUUGUUCAAAUGCAUCUCAAGGUCUUCAGGAAAGGGCUGCGGGUGCAUUAUGGGGUUUGUCAGUAUCUGAAGCAAAUAGCAUUGCUAUUGGACGAGAAGGCGGCAUUGCACCACUGAUAUCAUUGGCCCGUUCAGAUGUUGAAGAUGUGCAUGAGACUGCUGCUGGUGCACUAUGGAAUUUAGCAUUCAAUCCUGGUAAUGCUUGGCGAAUUGUUGAGGAGGGAGGAGUUCCUGCUCUUGUACACCUUUGUUCAUCUUCUGGCUCAAAAAUGGCACGCUUUAUGGCUGCAUUAGCGCUUGCAUAUAUGUUUGAUGGAAGGAUGGAGGAAGCUGCGGCAGCCGGUAUGGUUUUUGAUAGUGCUCCAAAGAAUGGAAACUUAGAUGGUGCAAGGCGUAUGGCACUACGACAUAUAGAAGCUUUUAUCAUGACAUUUUCAGAUCAUCAGACAUUUUCAGUAGCAGCUUCUUCUUGUGCGCCUGCUGCUCUGGCACAAGUUGCAGAGACAGCACGAAUACAAGAAGCAGGACAUCUUCGGUGCAGUGGUGCUGAGGUAGGUAGGUUUGUAACCAUGAUACGGAAUCCUUCCCCAGUUUUGAGAGCAUGUGCUGCAUUUGCACUUUUACAGUUCACCAUGCCUGGAGGAAGGCAUACCAUGCAUCAUGCAAGUCUUCUGCAAAAAGCAGGAGCUGGGCGUGUUCUUAGGGCUGCAGCUGCAGCAGCAACUGCACCACUUCAGGCCAAAGUUUUUGCCAGGAUUGUUUUAAGAAAUCUCGAGCAUUGUUCUCUGGUGACUAAAAUUUAGAGUAACAUAGAUUCGUGUCCAGUUUCUGGUACCAGGUUUCUCUGUAUUAAAGGUUCAUCGCCAAAGAUACAUUUGGUUGUAUUUGUAUUCCCAGGACUUUCGCUAUUAUUGAUUCCUUCUUCCUUUCACCAUAGUCAUCGAUUAAUGGACAAGGGAGAGGUUGAUGCAUAAAGUCUUUCGUUUUCUACCCAUCAAGAAAGCUCCCUUCCAUCAAUUUCACCAGUACUAUAUGGUAUUUGUUCAUUGUACAGUAUGGUAUAAAUUCAAGUUUAACUUUAUAUAUGUUGCACAUUUAUAUUGCUUUA